CAUAAAAUUUUGUGUUCGGUCCACUGUGAAUUGUCGAGAAAAACUUUCACGUUUCAAAUUUUUCCCUUUCGCGAAUCUAAUCUCGAGUAUCGUUCGUUAUCGAUGCUGAUUGCCUGUAAUUUUUGCUUGAUUGUUCGAUAAGCAAAUAUCGGAUUCGCAGGAAAGUUAUCGCUGAUCGGGUGAAUUUAGAGACAAAAACAUGACAUCACAUCAUUCACUUUCGCAUUUGCAAGAUCGAUGAUGAUGUUGAUGAUUGAUUGUUGCAUGUGCAUGAAAGAGGAGUACUGACGAUUACGGCGGGCGGGUGAAUGAUUGGAACGGUACCCCCGAAACAGAAAGUUAUUGUUUACACAAACCGUGCCACGAAAUAUCAAAAAACAGUAGAAAAUUAUUGGUGUUUAAGCAGCUGGCGUGUGAGAUUAAUCUGUGACGUGGUGGUUCUACCUUCGCGAAACGCAACGAUGACUAGUGUCCCUGGCAGGAACCAGAAUGUCGAUUGGUCAAGAUAUGGCUUAGGGAGCGAUGAUUCAUCCCCUACGGACAGAUCGCGGAUUAGGGGAGGAGGUGGAGGCACAGGAGGUUUUGUAGACUUGGGGAAUGAGUACGAUUAUGGAGCUGGAGGACACCAUGCUUCCGGACGGGAUGAAAUCUUUGCUGAAGAUCAAGGAGACAAGCCUUGGUGGAGGAGUAACUUUUUCAUAUCGCAGCCGGUGCUUUUCGGAACUUGGGAUGGAGUGUUUACGUCCUGUCUCAUUAAUAUCUUUGGAGUUAUUGUUUUCCUUCGGUCUGGAUGGAUCGUAGCGGAGGCAGGAAUAGUUCACGCAGUCCUGAUCAUUUUCUGUGCCGUAUCAAUAGCGCUGGUUUCAGUUCUAUCUGCUGUUGGAAUCUGCGAGAGAUGUCGGGUAGAGAGCGGCGGGGUGUAUUUUUUGAUAGCACACACCUUGGGAUCCCGUUUUGGUGGAUCGCUUGGUUUAAUGUAUUGUUUCGGGCAAGCUGUGGGUUGCGCUCUUAAUGUACUGGGUUUCGGCGAGUCCAUGGCCGGUUUAGUGGGGUUUGAAGGUAACAAAUGGGCUAUUCGUUUGUUUGCUAUAGCUGCCGUGCUACUGUUGGGUGUUAUCAACGUGGCCGGAGUAAAAUGGGUAGUGAAGCUGCAAUUUGCUCUUCUGAUAAUUCUACUUAUAUCUGCGCUUAACUUUAUGGUUGGCAGUUUUACCGGAGAAGAUCCGGAACAAGGAUUCGACGGUUGGGGUCAAGGGAACAUGGCUCUAAACCUUUGGCCAGAAUAUUCAUCCGGGACAAGUUGGUUUACUGUUUUCGGUGUAUUCUUCCCCACAAUAACUGGUAUAUUGUCCGGUAUAAACAUGAGUGGAGAUCUCAGAGCACCUUCAACUGAUAUUCCUAAUGGAACUCUGGCCGCUCUCAGUACUUCCACGUUUUUGUACAUGGUUUUCAUUUUGUUCCUGGGAGGAACAUGCCAGCGACAUGUGCUGCUGACCAAUUUUAUGAUAGCCGUUAAAGUAUCUGCUAUCCCGUUUCUGCUAUUGGCCGGAAUUUAUGUAUCAAGUAUGUCCUCCUGUUUAGGAGCCAUGUAUGGAACACCUCGCGUCCUCCAAAGUAUCGCGAACGAAAAUGUGAUUCCAGGAAUUGGGAGUUUAGGCAAAGGCCGAGGUCCGAACAAAGUACCUCUUUAUGCUAUGGCCGUUGUAGCAACGGUAACUACCACGUUCAUCAUCAUCGGUGACAUCAACACGCUGGCACCGAUCGUAACCAUGCCGUUCCUCUUGACAUAUGCAUGUAUUGAUUAUUCCUAUUUUGCCCUGGCGCAAACCUUCGAUAUACAAAAUGCCCGAGAAGAGCGGUUUAGAAUACAAGCGCAAAGUCCGCUGUAUGAGACUAGAAACUACGGAACGAGCAGUGCGGACUACCACGACAAUAACGAUCUGGAUCAGCUGUUCCCGGAACGAACCAGACACAAAAAUCUUUCGAGUCCCGCCAACUCACCUCACCAUGUGCCUUCAACGCCAGCAACCGUUAACUACGGUAGCAAUCGUCCUGCCACAACAAAUGGUGCCGCCACAAUCGGCACUGGAACCUACCAGAACGGAGGAAUGUCCAAUAGUACCUCGAUCAACAGUGAAGUGAUUUUCAGGGAUGGUACAACGGCCAACAGCAACUCCCUCGAUGAAGCAGACGAUGAACCGAUCGCACCGAUUCGACCGCCAAUCCAUUCCAAGACCAAGAACUGGUACUCAGGGUUCUGCAACCGGUGGGCGUCACUGAUGGGGGCUGGCAUUAAAAUUUUUGUGAUGCUACUGAUCAACUGGCUGUUUGCGCUCAUUUGCGUUGGAACAGUUUUCGUUGUGUGGUUCUACGUGGGCACAGCUAAUCCUGCAGUGAAGCCAGGUUUGGCGCACGAGUUUCGAUUUUUCGUUUGGUUGAAAAAUGUCGUUUUCAGAUGUUUUGGAAAACGAGUAAAUGAUUAUGAACAGGUCGUUGUAACACCUUCCUGUCCAAAUGUGCCUCUGACGUCUGCUCAACUCAAUGAGGAAAAUGAAGAUUUCGCUUCCCGACGAAGAUAUCACCAGUCUGCGGUUGUUCAGGGGCACUACGUUGAUGAGGUGUGAAAGCCGGUUGCCAGACAGGAAUCGUCAUGGAACUCCUAUUUUCUUACUGAACGGACUAAAACUGCUGUAGUCAGCUCAAUGGAACACAUUUUUGUGAUCAUCUGUGGUAGAUAGAAACAAUAGAAGCAAACAAUGCAUUCGUACUCACUUAUCAAAUGCCACAUAUUUACGGAGAGACCACCAAAGCGAACUGAUAGUCUGAGGAAAGGGGUCAAACAUCUUUUGAAAGUUAUUAUUACUACUAUUGAAUUACUAACUACCAAACUGUAAGGAAAAUCAAGUGUCCAAGACCGGAACUAAAGUUUACAUUUAUUGGAACCUACGCGCAAUCUUUGAGCAAUAAGUGUGAGAUAUAAGAAAAACCGUCGCUUUUAUUGGUUUUUUUUUUCAUUUUGUGUAUAUACUAAGUUCUAAAAAAAGUGAUUAGUUUACGAUAAAACUUAUUUAGUUUAUUUAUGAAGAUGCCGAUUUAUUUAUAUUCACUUCACACGUACUAAAUCUGUAGUAAGACCAGUUUAAACCAACAAAAAAAACGAGAGACUUGUUCUACGAACUUUCUCUAGCGAACUAGAGGAAAACAUAUUAAUCCGAAGCAUUUGUGGACACUACUCACAACGUAUAACCUCUGAUUGUGCAUAGUAUAGCAGCUAAUAUGUACUACCUACCUAUACUUGAAAUUUAUAGAACAGAAACUAAAAACGCCACUAGCAUUUAUAACUGAAUAAUUUUACUCAAUCUGUUUGCUUAUUUUAUGUUUGAUAGUUUCCUAUUAAAGUGUAUGUCUAAGCUCGAUCCUUUCCAUUCCUGUUUCGCGUUUUAAUUUUGUCAUUGUACAAAAGUUAAAAUAAAUAAAUAAAUAAAAAAACAAUUGAAAUCAAGUUUCGCUUUUAAAUAUUAAAACUUGAAAUCAGGCGUGUAGACUGUAGAGAUAUUUCAGAUAAGUCGUCAUCAAUUUAGGUUGAUUCUGAACAAAGGGAUCAUUCAAUAGCAAUACACUAUUUUUCCAAACCUUUCUCCACCCAUUUAACUCACUCAAUGCUACAGAGUUUUUUUUUUAUUUUUACAGUUUAUAAUUGCUCGAUUCGAUAAUGGAGGGUUGAAAGCAUUCGAUUGUUAUGAUAAUAUUUUUGUUACAACGAUGAAAGCCGUUGAUUGAUGGUUGUUUUCUAAAACAUUUUCCUGACUGCCAAUAUUGCAAUCCAGUUCUGUGUGAACCGUGCCGACGAUCACACACAAUGGUGCUAGCAUUACGAUCAUUGGUUUUCUGUAUCUGCACGAUACAGGUCACCUUUGCAAUAAUUAUUGUUCUUGAUUCUUCGCAGCAGCUCAACCGGAUACGGCGAGAUGUAUCUGCCAAUACUACUGAAAAGAAAGGAUAUCAAGUCCUAACUAAUGUUCACCAAGAAUGCUCGACGAAGUUUGGUUUACCCGAUAUAACAG